CUGUUUUAAAACUAUCACGCUAUCAACCGUGUGGCUAGCUUAAAAGAUUCGCGGCAUUUUUCUAAAGCUGACCGGGAUAAAAAUGGAAGACUUUGAAAAAAUUGAAAAAAUAGGUGAAGGUACCUAUGGUGUUGUUUAUAAGGGCCGGAACCGUUUAACUGGUCAAAUUGUGGCCAUGAAAAAAAUUAGGUUGGAGUCUGAUGAUGAAGGAGUCCCGUCUACGGCAAUAAGAGAAAUUUCAUUGUUAAAAGAACUAAAACAUCGGAAUAUUGUAUGCUUGGAAGACGUAUUGAUGGAAGAAAAUCGUAUAUACCUGAUAUUUGAAUUUUUAUCAAUGGACCUAAAAAAAUAUAUGGAUUCCCUUUCUCCCGAGAAACACCUUGGUAGCCAGCUGGUUAAAAGCUAUUUAUACCAAAUAACAGAUGCAAUAUUGUUUUGUCAUCGACGCCGGGUCCUUCAUCGAGAUUUAAAGCCACAAAAUCUCCUAAUUCACAAAAAUGGUAUAAUUAAAGUAGCUGACUUCGGACUCGGUAGAUCUUUCGGUAUACCUGUACGCAUAUAUACCCAUGAAAUUGUUACGCUCUGGUAUAGGGCUCCGGAAGUAUUAUUGGGCUCUCCUAGAUAUUCAUGCCCCGUUGACAUUUGGUCCAUCGGAUGUAUUUUUGCAGAAAUGGCUACUCGGAAACCGCUAUUUCAAGGAGAUUCAGAGAUUGAUCAACUAUUCCGAAUGUUCAGAAUACUCAAAACACCUACGGAGGAUAUAUGGCCAGGUGUAACAUCGCUUCCCGAUUACAAAAAUACAUUUCCAUGCUGGUCAACUAAUCAAUUGACAAGUCAGCUUAAAAAUCUGGACUCUAACGGUAUAGACCUUAUUCAGAGAAUGUUGAUUUAUGAUCCAGUACAUCGGAUUUCAGCGAAGGACAUUUUGGAUCAUCCGUAUUUUUAUGGAUUUAAAAUUGAUUGGCCCACAUGCGAAUAAUAUUAAGUGUGCUACAUUUAAACGAAAAUAGACAUAAUCCUUUAAAUAUG